AUGUGUCGUGCAUGGGUGGUUGCUGGCGUCGUGUCUGUCGUGGUGAGAACGGAGGAACGGGGUGGUGGGGCAUACGUACCCCUUGCCCAUGACGUUGCCACGUCAUGGGUGUUGUCCCUCGUCCUUGGUCCAUCGUUCCACGCUGGGGGUGUUGUUGUCGUUAGCGUGGGCGUCGUGUGCAUCGUUAGCAUGGGCAUGGGCGUGGGCAUCGUGCGACGUGACAAUAUGGCAUGCCCUCAAUCCAUUUUCGCUUUUUUAGUCCACUGGACUGGGACUGGACUCAGGAAAGUGGCUGGCAGUCCAGUGGGAGUCCAGUGGACUGGACUGGACUGGACUCCAGUGGACUGGGCAUUCUGCCAGCCAAUCUGGCCUGGUAAGAGGGCCACUGGAAUCCACUGGAGUCCACUGGAGUCCACUGGAGUCCAUAUGGAUUACGUGGGGGAGGACCAGCUAUCAGCAAGGUUGACUGAUCCGGCUCCCCCAGCUGCACUGGCUGUGAGGUUGACUACUCCAGAUUGGCUGACGCUCGCCGAUCAUCUCAAAACCGCGGACCCCAUGGUGGUUGACCACUCUCCCUACCUUGGCUCAGCUGCGCUAGCUGACUUCAGUACUGAGUCACUACAUCCAGCAACAGCCCCAGGAAGUUCGUCUUAUCAUCAGGCACCCAUGGAUGAAGAUCCUACCGAUCAGGGAGAUGACGGGGAAGAAGAUUACAAGUGA